CUCCGAGGCUUCCCCGGUAUAUUUAUUGUAUCGAACAGGUUGAGACUAAAGCUUUCUUUACGGUUUUACUCAUCAUUUGGUUUCCUAAUCACCUCAAGUACCUACCUCAGUCGCAGCCUUCCUUCAAUUUGGCCCAAUGUGGCCACCACGUUCGACUCUCGCGCGCGCGACUCGUCUCCGCAACCUCCCAACCGCAACAGCUCUCACACCGCGACUAUGUCGUCGAUCUAAGUACACAUUUGCCGCAGACGCCAUGCGGCUGCGAUCUUUGAACUCUUCAUCACAUCGACCUACAUCAGACCAAUCCUGGCGACAAUGUGCGCGCGCAGUGCAGACACGAUGGAUCACCGAGGCGUAUAUCCAGAGACAGAAGGAUAUGGAGAAACAAUGGGCGGAGUAUGCGGAGGAGAUCCGGGCAGGAAAGAGGAAAAGUUUUGUGGAUGUGUUGGAGGAGAGAGAGCUGUUACAUGAUGUUGUUGGUGAACGCGAUGUUCUGAAGAAGCUUUUCAUUGAGAAGAGAGUUGGAUUGUAUGCUGGUGUCGACCCUACGGCGCCUUCGUUGCAUGUUGGUCAUAUGUUGCCUUUCAUGGUGUUGGCUUGGGCAUACGUACAUGGUUUGCCGGUUCAUUUUCUGCUCGGUGGCGCAACGUCGAGAAUCGGCGACCCGACAGGAAGAUUACAAGGCCGCGAGGCCCAGCAAAAUUCUGUCCGCAAGGCCAAUAUGGCCAAUAUGCACAUGCAGCUGAAGAAGCUUGGUGCUAGCAUCGAGAAGUAUGGUAUCCGGCAUGGACAUGAAAAGCAGCAGUACGUGUGGAAACGGGCAUUGGUUAACAACAAUACUUGGUGGCACAAAAUAUCCUUCUAUGAAGUCCUACGAGAUCUGGGUCAGCAUAUAAGGUUGGGUCCCAUGUUGGGACGGGAUACGGUGAAGACGCGUUUGACAAAGGGCGACGGAAUGUCCUUUGCUGAGUUCAGUUACCCGCUAAUGCAGGCGUGGGACUGGUGGACGCUAUUCAAGAAGGGAGUCCAAGUCCAGGUCGGCGGUGCUGAUCAAUAUGGGAAUAUCUUGUUCGGUAUGGAUGCCGUCAAGGCGAUCAGUAAAAACACGGCUAUUGAGAUCGAACGGAAAUCGCUGGACGAUGAUAUGGAGAAGCCUAUCGGUCUGACCACGCCACUGUUAACCACAUCCUCUGGCGCGAAAUUCGGAAAGUCUGCAGGCAAUGCAAUUUGGCUUGAUAAGGACAUGACGACGACCUUUGAGCUCUACCAGUUCUUCGUGAGAACUGCUGAUGCCGAUGUUGAACGUUACCUGAAGAUGUUUACCUUUGUACCGAUCCCCGAAAUCCAGAAGAUCAUGGAAGAGCACGUCAAAGAACCAUCCAGACGUGUGGCCCAACAUAGACUCGCCCGCGAAUUCGUCGAACUCAUCCACGGUGAAGAAGAUGCGGACGCCACAGUUCAACAGCAUCGUCAACUCUUUGGAUCACAGUCCUCUCCUCCAGGGCCUGUUACCGAACCCGCUUUGAAAAUCGACCCAUCCGUUCUUGAAACAGGGGCAACUCGUUCCCCAUCGGCCGGAUUUGACAACAUGCAAUCUGGAAAUAAACAUGCCCCUCAAACACAUUUCGGCAACAUGCCCGCACCCCGUAUCACCCUCCCCCGCUCUCUCGUGUACAACCAACCCUUAAAUAGAGUCCUCUGGUCUGCAGGCCUGGUCUCAUCGAAGAGUGAAGGCCAGCGCAUUAUCGCCAACAAGGGUGCCUAUGUGGGCAGCCGCGCUGGCGACACCGGUGAAAUGUCCGACGACCUUUCCUUCACACCCAUCAAGACUUGGCCAGCAGAGAAAACGCAGGAGUUCAUUAUCGGCGGCGAUCUGCUGAUCCUGAAGCUAGGCAAGUGGAAAUUCAAGAUGGUCCAGAUCAUCAGUGAUGAAGAAUUCCGCGAACGCGGCUUCACCGCACGAGGCUGGCAGGAAGUGGAGCAAGAAGCGCAGGAUCAAGCGAAGAAGGAGGAAAGAGAGGCGCGAAAAGAGGCUCGCGCAGGAAAGCCAGAGACUAUCAUUGAGUCUUCUGGCGCUGAAGUGUCUGAAACUAAAUGAACAAUAGAGGUCGGUUUCUCCUCUCUGGCAAUUGGGACGGUGAUGUAUUAUAAGAUGUAAUCUUCAGCGUGUGAUGUAUGUAUAUAUUGUACCAUAUAGAUUUAUGAAAUGAGCGGAAUUAUUAUGCUGUCCCACGUCCUCUUUUCCUCUACCCAAACACUGUUAAAUAGAGUUGAGUGGGCCUGGAUGCAGAAGACUCUUUAGCAGCCUUUUAGCAAAGUUCAAUUCC